GGUUAUUUUCAACCCCAAUUCCAGAUUCCAAUUCCUCUUCGGUCCUUGGAAAUUUCAAUCGGGAUUGCGAUGGGGAAGAACGAUUUCCUUACGCCAAAGGCCAUCGCGAACCGUAUCAAAGCCAAGGGUCUCCAGAAGCUUCGGUGGUACUGCCAGAUGUGCCAGAAGCAAUGUCGCGACGAGAACGGGUUCAAGUGCCACUGUAUGAGCGAGUCCCACCAGCGCCAGAUGCAAAUCUUCGGACAGAAUCCCGAUCGCGUCGUCAGUGGCUAUUCUGAGGAGUUCGAGAACAACUUCCUCGACCUCAUGAAGCGCAGCCACCGCUUCAGUCGCGUCGCCGCCACCGUUGUUUACAACGAGUUUAUCCACGACCGCCAUCACGUCCACAUGAACUCCACCCAGUGGGCCACCCUCACCGAGUUUAUCAAGUACUUGGGCCGCAUCGGAAAGUGUAAGGUAGAAGAAACCCCGAAAGGUUGGUUUAUCACCUAUAUAGAUCGUGAUUCGGAGACAAUGUUUAAGGAAAAGCAGAAGAACAAAAGAAUGAAGGCAGAGAUGUCGGAAGAAGAGAAGAAAGAGCGCGAAAUUCAGAAGCAGAUUGAAAAGGCUGAGCAGUUGAUGCCUUCAGAUAUGGAUGAUGACAAGGAGAAAACAGAAAAUGCUGCUGUGAAGGAGUUAAAUUUAGAGAAUGGAAUGAAGAUUGGGUUUUCACUAGGUUCAAACGCGGCUAAGAAUCAUAAUAAAGAGAAAGGGGAGAAUUCGAAGGCUAAAUUAGUUUUUGAGGAGGCUGACGAUGAGGAGAAGAAACAGAGGAAUGAAAGUGCUAAGGAUGGGAAGAAAAGGGCUUGGGAAGAGUUGAUGAGGGAGGAGGAGAAGGCCAAGGAACGAAGUAAUAGGAAGGAUUACUGGUUAUGUGAGGGGAUAAUUGUUAAGGUGAUGAGCAAGGCAUUGGCAGAUAAGGGGUACUAUAAGCAGAAGGGGGUGGUUAAGAAGGUUAUUGAUAAAUAUGUGGGGGAGAUUGAGAUGCUUGAGAGCAAGCAUGUUUUGAGGGUUGACCAGGAGGAGCUUGAGACUGUUAUUCCUCAGAUUGGAGGGUUGUUGAGGAUAGUGAAUGGGGCGUACAGAGGAUCAAAUGCAAGGUUGUUGGGUGUGGAUACAGAGAAAUUUUGUGCAAAGGUGCAGAUAGAGAAGGGUAUCUAUGAUGGGCGAGUGCUCAAGGCUGUUGAGUAUGAGGAUAUUUGCAAAGCUGCCUAGUGAGUUCAAAAUAGACUGCUAUGAAUGUGUUACGAGAUGAAGAAGAAGAAUGUCUUAUCAUCCUUUUUUUUUUUCUUCAAAAGAUUUGAACUUCUUGACAAUUAUGGAAUGCUUCAUAUUGAUCUCUUCGAUGGGAAAGACGGAAGGACUAAGUAUCCUCUCCGAUGGGUAAUCCUGCUCCCAUUCCUGUAGAAUCUAGUUGAUUUGAUCCUGUUAUUUGUUGGUGUCUUUGGUACCCAGUUUCUAAUUCAGGAUGUCAAGUUGAAGAUGGACUGAAGAUCCACUCUUUCCAGUUACGAACUCAAGGUCACUUGUAAUCUGAUUAGUGUCAAUCUUUUGUUCAAACAAAGUAUGCCGUUUGCAUCAAUGAGGGUGUUCAUUUUACAUAUUUCAUUUAAUCAAAUUAUAAAGGGAAAGUGUUGAGGAUCUUCUUAGAUUGGUUUUAUUAUAUUCUUAUUGCUUCACCUACUCUUUUCUUACAACUUUAGUGUAUUACUUGGAACUAGGCUGUCUAU